AUGACGGAGAUGAAGAAGGAGGCACUGGAGCUCUCGGCUCUGAGAAGGGAAAAUGCUAACUUGAGAGAAGAGAUAAGAACACAUAUCCCUUCCCAAACUACACCCAUCAUCCAGGAUCAGGGGGAAUCUUCGGCGUUGCAAGAGAAAUCAAAGCAGCUGCCUGAUAAUUGGAGAGGCCUAACAAUAGACAAGUAUGAUGGCACAUCUGAUCCUGGGGAACAUCUAGAUGUCUUUAUAACCCAAGUCGGUUUGUACACCGAGAAUGAUUCCUUAUGGUGUAGGAUUUUUCCCACCUCACUCCGAGGGCCUGCACUCAGUUGGUUCACCCGACUCUCCCCUUCAUCCAUCAACUCUUUUGCAACACUCGCAAGAUGGUUCAACUUACAGUUCACCACAAGCCGACCUCAUCCCUUAACAUCUCUGGCGCUGGUCAAUAUUUGCCAAGAAAAGGGAGAGUCACUUAGAGCAUUCAUGGAACGGUUUGGCAAAGUGACCUUGUUGAUUCAUAAUUUGGAACCAGCAGUGGCUAUGCACUACCUCACAACGACACUAAAGUUAGGACCUUUUGUCAAUAGCAUCUGCAAAAAACCACCUGUCGACCUAAACGAGUUAAGAAGUCGGGCUGCAAAGUAUAUGCAGAUGGAAGAGUUGUCUGAAUACCGAAACCAGGUGUGGAUGGACCAAGGGUCUAAUUCAAAAAAUACAGACAUGAGAGAAACUUUCAAGGCUAGGCAGGAAAAUAAGGAGAGAAAAAAUGAGCUUGAAAGGCCAACUAGGGGACCUAAAUAUCCUUCCUACACUACGCUCAAUACCAAUCGGUCUAGAGUACUUGACCAGGCAUUGGCCACAGAAAUAUUGAGAAUGCCUAUGCCAACACUCCUCCUCGGGCAGACAAAAGCAAGGCUUGCCGCUAUCAUCAAAACAGGGGUCACACCACCGAAGAGUGCACAGCGCUGA